CUAAGCUUCCUUCCUUGAUAUCUGUUUAAGCGUGUCGAAUUUCUGCUUCAGACACCACCCUUCUUUUUUUGCUUUUUUUUCCUUUUUUUCUUGUAAUCCCAUGACGAGCGCGAGCAAACAGCACCGCUACCGUACCAUUACCCCUCACACCAGACCAGACCACAACUCCUCGACAAUGCUGGAUUCACUUCUGAUCAAAUCCAAAUUUGCAUGAAUAAACCUACCAAAACCCUAAUUAUACUCUUAAUAAAAUAGCCCUUUCUCAUUCUCUUUCCUUUCCUCAAUCAUAUUGGCUCAAAGCCUACUUUCCCUCUUCUUUCUUGCUCUCUUUUUUUAUUUUAUUUUUUUACAUUUUGUCCAACGACCACAAAUCGGUCUCCAUCUUGAUCUUGAUCUUUUUGAAAGCCAAUGAAGAACGUGCGCCGUCGCCCUCAGCCAAAGCACUCUGCUCAAGCGACUUAUGCAACUCCUCAUUCUCAGCCACGCGAGCAAGCCCCUGAAGGGCUGCGGCCCAUCCAUGGAUCCAGGACAUUUAAUCAUGAUUCUGCCAUUGAAAUGUUGGAGGAAAUGCGGGAUCUUCUCGAUAAUGCCAAGGAUUGCUGUCAACUGCCACCUGCAUUGGAUCAGCUGGCUAUGAUGUCUGGACAACAUAGACAGGCUUGGGAACCAUAUUUCAAAGCAAUUGUAGACUUACUUGUUGGAUGGUAUAUUGAUCGAGGAACAAGUGAGGCCGUGAGAAGACGUAUUGGUGAUACUCUUUCGUCGUUUACAGCUCAGUGGCGCGAUGCUGCGGAUUUUGCCCAAGACAUUCUCGAGUAUUUUAUCAAAGAUAUAGAUAAUGUCGCAGACACAAACGAUACUAAUGUUGUCUCAUCUAUUGAGGUUGCGGGUCUAUUGAUGAGAUGUUUCAAGAUCAUCGCCGUAGCAUUGAUCUCCCAUGCAUCACAAGACCUGACUCGAUUAGGACGUAUUCAAGAUAACGCAGUCAACAUGCUCCACAAGGUUGCUAGAUUGUCGAGAGACUUGGAUGGGGUUGGGAACGAUAUCAUUCUCACGCUCAGUCAAGGAAAUCCAGAUACAUUCUAUCAUCUCCAGCCUAAGGCAGUAUUAUAUCUUACUACACAAUUCGAAACAGCACGAAUGAAUAGGGCACAAUGGAGUCAAAAGACAUCAACUAUGAAAAACGUUAUUGCCGCUUGGAAAAAUAGACUUCAUCCCAUGGUCACGCUUGAAAUAGUUCACCCAAAGGGUGAUUUUAUGAGGCUACGCUGGCUUCUACCGCUACACUCUAAACGUUCUCAGGAUAUACUUGACAUUAUACUAUCAUCACUUCCUGAAUCAAAGACCCCAACCGAUACAGAGGGGCAUGAUCCAGAUGUAUUACUGUUGACCUGGAGCAGCGUUAUGAAUGAAGUUGAUAGAGCCCUCCACGAUUUAGGCCAGAGCAACAGCUUAUCUGAGGUGCCAGAUUUAAUGUCUCUUAUUGAAAGUCUCGACACAUUGCAUAAAGAUACACUUGAAAACUCCAGGCUUAUUGGUGCUAAAAAAUGUAGAGCCACUCCUAAGGAUUGUCGUCGCACAGGAUCUUCAACAGCAGCAGUGAUUUCAAACGUUACAUUCGAUAUUUUGAUACUUAUUGAGAUGGCUCGACUCUGGCCAGAUGAAGCUUCCCUCAUCUUCUUGAGAUUACUAGGAGCACUUGACACUGUGCCUGAAUCUCGUUUGGCGGUCGCCACCCACGCUCUUCGUGAGAUAGCAGCCAGUUGCCAAUACUUCGUAGCUGGUUGGCUCAAAGAGAGCUUAGCACAUCCUGCGGAGAUAUAUGACUUGAAAUCAUCAGUUUUAGGGAUUUCGCUAGAUGCUAUUCACGUAUUUAUAACUCACUGGAAACUACUCCCAUCAUCUAUAAAAAUAUGUGUGGUUUCAUGGGAAUCAGCAAUAUUGAAGGCAAUGCAGGGAUAUCGCGAUGAUGUCCCUCAUACAGGAGCAUGGGUCGCUUUAAAGAGAGCCAUAUCCUCUAAUCUUCAUCAGCUAAUCACAAUCGCAGGCGCCGAUGACGAUGAUUUGAUACGUGGAUCCAUUGCUACUAUUUUUGAGAGCUUUAUUGGUGCAUUCGGUUCUUUUGGUCUAGGACCCGAGUUCCUAGCGACUAUGACAGACAGGUCUCAGGAUGUAUCACCUCUUGUGAGAGAUGCAUGGAAGCAUGUCGUGUUGCAGACAAAUCCUUUUGUAUUUGCAAUUGAAUGUUAUAACACCCCUGAAACAGCUAUCGCCAGGGCCUUGAAGAUCCUUGUGCUGCGAAGCCCAAACUCAGGAAUAUUCAGAUAUCCACACUUUUCAGCUGUACUUUCGUCGAUGGAAGGUCAUGAUGAGAGCUCUGAACGCCCUGAAAGCAACAAUGUCAAUGUCUCUCAACAAGAUGGUGACAUGUUUCAGCGACUCUUCUACUCGUGUCAAGGAAAAGAAAUUAUCGCAAAGGUCAAUGCUGAACUUGGAGCAGACAUGAUUGCAGUAGAGCAAGUUGAAACUUUCCAGCACUCUCUCAGCCUUUUAAAGUAUUGGUCAAUGUGGGAAACAGCAAGAUAUUGUGUACUAUCAAGACUACGGACGCCGUUUGGAGGACCACAACAGACAUUGGAUGCUCUUGAAAAGCAACUCAACUCGCUCCUACAAUUUGAUCGAAAAGACACCACUGCCACAGCCAAAUUAGUCAAAUUACGAGAUUUUCUUACUUUUAUAGAUCGCCUGGAAUUACAGAUUCAUAAUGCUCAUCAUGGAACCGCAUUGGGAGUCAUUCCUUUGACACCUAAACCCAGCAUUGUUUUCGUUCGAGCUAAUAAGAAAAUGUGGGAUGAAUGGUUCUCAAGAAUCAGGAGUCGAAUCAUCGCAGGCGCUAAAAUGGCUGGAGAAUACGAGACUAUAAUUCGCAAUGGAUACAUGUUCCUUGCGGACCAUUUCAGCACUCUCAGUCGAGGUGCUGUGAAUGAUAUUUUGCCGUGGCUAGAUGAGUUUGAGCGUAUUUUGGUUGAUCUUGUUGAGGGACUUGUUGCGACUAAUGCAUCAGAUGCUAUCACUGGGCUGUAUAUAUGGUGUCGGCGUGCAAUUAAGGAUAUGACAAAACAUUCCAAUUCUGGCAAAUCAAAGAACUCUCGUUCCGAGCGGUCUACUCAAUAUCCUAGGUACAAGAAUGCAUGCCUUAAUGAGGGUCAGGCCCUUGCUCUAUCACAAGUAUCAUUGGACUGGAUCAAUUCUGCUGUACUAUAUGCUCAGAGCCGCUACGAGCAGUCAGCGAAAGAAGCAUUGUCCUUGGUGGGGUCUAUGAUUGAAGACGAUGGACUGGAUGAAGCCAAUGCUCCUGCAGAAUUCUUAUGCCAGGAGAUUACCAACAGUUUAAGUGAUCUGUACAACUACCCACAGCUUCAAGCAUUCAUGGAUUCUAAACCCUUUGAUGCCUAUACACAUCAGACAAUGUUAUGGAGCGAAGAUACUGUGGCCCAGAGCUUGAAGGAUUACUGUGCAGACGAAGCUACAGAAGCGUGGAAGAGUCUAGUAGAUUUUUAUGAAACAGAUGGCAAGGACGUACUAGUACCUGACGUAUUUGUAUUCGACAGGAGUGGGAUUAUGGGCCGAACAUUUCUAUUUGUCUCAAAAGUCCAUCAACACUUGGAUCAGAAGCCUGCAAUUCUAGACCGUAUUCGUCAACAGGCUUUCCAAAUUGUUCAGCCUUCGGCAGAGUUUUUAUCCUACAAUGGAUUGCGCCAUGCCAGCGCUACUCUGCUCGAUACUAUGAUGUUGAACACAUCAAGUGUAGCAACACCUUAUGCAGUGAAGGAGUUCAUGGAACAACUUAAUCAGAUUCCAGAUGAACUCAAAAUGAAUUUGUUUCUCAAGGACCUUCGAUACUGGGCUCGACUGGAUGCAUUGGUGAAUUUGGCAAAAAAACAUGCUACCACUGAGGACUCCUUGGUCCUGAAGCAAUCCAAUGAAUUCAAAUUCUUCUUAUCAAAGAUAGCCAGACGUUCUGAAUGCCAUGAUUUUGCAAGCAACAUUCCACGGACUUGGGAAGGAGCAUUGUCACCAGAGAUCCUAUUAGAGGAAGCAAAGGCUGCCAUGGCAAAGCACGAUUACGCAACGGCUCUGAGCACUUCAGGACGGAUAUUAGGUAAAAUCAAGGAUUGGGAAAAGUCGCCGGGUAGUGAACAGACAAUGACAGUCUUUCAGAGCAAGAUAUAUCUCAAAAUGGCGAAGUGGUCUCGAUCAACUAAGCCGCAGCUUUCGGAAGAGGAUCUCAAGGCAUUUGAAGACAUUCUGUAUUUGAAGCAUGAAACCCAUGGAUCUUCUCAAGCACGGAUAGAAACCAUUACGGCGUCCUGUCUUGAAAAGGCAAUCGAAAUUGGAGCUAAUUAUAGAAAAUCUUGGUUCGCAUUUGGAACACACCAUUAUAAGCAAGGAUGGGGUAUAUUAGACGAGCUUGGAUCAUUUCGAUUUCACCAUCCAGUGGCGAUGGCUGCAAAUGAGGCAAUUAUAAGUAUUUUGGAAAAAGCGGGUGUCGAAAACUCUGAAGGGCAUUCCAAGAAUAUUUUCUGCGUUUUUGUCAAACAAUGCGCCUCUGGUCAACCUUUCGAUGAAUCCAUUACAUAUGAUAACAUACGAUUACAUCUUAUGAGUAUUGAGAAGAUUGCCCAGUCGGAAGCUGUAAUACUCGAAAUCAUCGAGUCCUUUCAGGCACUACUUCAAAAGAUCCUUGAAGCCUAUCGUUUGGCGAUUCAUGGCUACUUCCGGUUUCUUCAAUUUAGGGCAUUAGAAUUUUCAUGUAGUAAACCGAGAUCAAAAACGACAUCAGGUGAAGAAGCUGAAGAACAGAUAUCGCAAUCUGCAGUAUCAGAUGAAAUCACGGCAACACUGCGGCUUCUGCGGCUUCUUGCUAAGCAUGGUGGUCAACUUUAUGAUACAUUCCACCAAAACUUGGCCGACAUCAACGUCAGUCCCUGGACCAACAUCAUUCCCCAGCUUUUUGCUCGACUCGACCAUCCAGAAAGGCCUGUGCAGUCACUUAUUGUAGACUUGCUUUGUAAAAUUGGCGAGCAAUAUCCACAGCUUAUCGUGUUCCAUUGUGUAGUGGGCGCCAAUUCAGCUCACAACAGCGCAUGUCAGCGGCGUCUUUUGCGUUCUAUUGGCGAUUUUUUGAAUAAAUCACAUCCAGAGCUAGUGCUGCAAGUCCAGCACUUGAUCCGAGAACUAGAAAGAGUCACUGUUCUUUGGGAGGAGGUGUGGUAUAAAAGAAUUAUGGUCAGCUUGCCUGAGCUCAAAAAUGCUCUUCAAGAACUCACAGAACAGUAUCAGCGACUGGAUACAGUUGCAGGAUUAGAAACGGAGGACAGAAAGACAGUGAUGUCAGACAAUUAUGAGCAGACAAUUACUCCACUCUUGGCUCCUUUAGAUAGUUUGUUGGAAUCGAACUCUUAUCCGGAAUCGGAUCAUGAGCGAUGGUUCGUUUCGACUUUUCGAGAAAAGAUCCUGAUAGCUCUAGACGCCUUGAAAUCACCGAGAGCAUGGAAUAAUCUGUUUGAGGGACUAACUAAAUUGAAAGAGGUUUAUAUGGAACUAGGCAAAGAGCUUUCUGGCACAAGAGUGUUACAGCUCUCCAACCUUAGUCCAGAGCUAGCAGCGAUCCAAUCGUCGUUAAUUGAUAUUCCUAGUCCUAACCAAGGCACGGGGGUGACAAUUCAGUCAUUUGAGCAGCAGGUGGUUGUUAUUCCAACAAAAACAAAGCCCAAAAAGCUGGCUUUGAUAGGAUCAGAUGGCAAGCGCUACACAUAUCUUUUUAAAGGUUUGGAGGAUCUUCAUCUGGAUGAGCGUGUGAUGCAGCUUCUUCGGAUAUCAAACGGAAUGCUACAGCGGGACAAGGACUCAAACUCAAGGCAAUUGAAUGCACGUCACUACGCAGUGGUGCCUCUUAGCGACAACUCGGGUAUGAUUCAGUGGGUGGAGAAUACUGUCUCGAUCUUUACGAUCAUUGCCAAGUGGCAACAUCGAGAGAUGAUGUGUGGACGGUGGAUGAACGAUGAUGCUUCUUCAACGUCCUCAGGAGGGCCACCCCCACAGCCUCAACGUGCUACAGAGGUAUAUCAUGAGAAAGCUAUAGCAGCACUGAAAAGGACAGGUUUACCCCCGAACUAUCCACGACGUCAAUGGCCAAAGUCGAUUCUGUUGGAUCUCUACCAUGAAAUGGCUAAUGAGACGCCAGCAGACUUGUUGGAGCGUGAGCUUUGGUCUUCAAGUCCUACACCAGCAGAAUGGUGGCAAAAGUCAGUCCGAUUUGCGCGAUCAACCGCAGUGAUGUCGAUGAUUGGCUAUGUAAUUGGCUUAGGUGACCGCCAUUUGGAUAAUAUACUGAUUGAUUUCACAACAGGGGAUUUAGUCCAUAUUGAUUACAAUGUGUGUUUUGAAAAGGGCAAGCGACUUCGGAUACCAGAGAUUGUCCCGUUCAGAUUGAGCCGAAAUAUGUUGACCAGUCUGGGUGUGACAGGAGUAGAAGGCAAUUUCAGGAUUGGAUGUGAACAGACUAUGAAGGUGAUGCGCAAAAACAAAGAAAUUUUGGUGACCUUAUUGGAAGCAUUCGUGUAUGAUCCCCUGGUGGAUUGGCAGAUUGAAGCAACGAUGACUGCACAAGCUGGGCUUGGAAUCGGUGGGGGUGGAGCUACUGGUGUGGGAGCAGUAGAAGGAGUAGGAGCAAUAGCAGAUGAUGCUGGUCAAUCAUCAAUGCGUGAUAGCCUUCCAGGAUUAAUAGGACAGGAGAGUGAAAGUGAGACUAGUAGUGUAUCACUUGCCACUACUGCACAUGACAGCAACUCUUCACGGUCAUUGAGUACACAGCAGCGAUUAUUGAAUGAGAGCAUUGUCUCCAUUAAAAACAGCAAUAUCAGAUCCACCACUGCGGCCACAAUUGAAACCAGCUCUAGACGAAUGAAUGGUGGUGGUGGUGUUGCUGAAACAAAAGAUCAAGCGCAGUCAAGCUCACCUGCAGCGGCUAAUUUGAUCAAUGGAGCUGGUGUUUACAGUGUACCACGACAACAACAACAACAACAGCAGCAGCAACAGCCAGUGCAUCAACGCAACGCAUAUGCGGUGCAUAUCUUGCGACGAGUUCGUCACAAGUUGGAAGGACGUGACUUUGAAGCAGCCAAGAAGUGCAAAGUUACAGAGCAAGUGGACCGUGUGAUUCAAGAAGCAACCAAUGUAGAGAAUCUGGCAAACAUGUAUGAGGGAUGGACACCAUGGCUGUGAUCCUUUUUCUUUAUUUUAUAUCAUAAAUAUCAUGAAGACCAGUCAGUCUAAGUAAAUUUUAAAGAUUACUUCCAUCUAGCGCACCUUUUCCGCCCAAAGUGAGUGCAAUAGCUCUGUAUACUGCCUAGAAAUGUAACACUUUUCAGUUCAAAAAAUCACCACUGCUACACAAGCAAUGAUAAUAAACAGCCAUUUUAUGC